GCGCGGAACUAUGACGUAGUAGCUGCGCCAGGAGCGCGCCCGCUUUUCUAAACUCGGUCUGGACCAGGCCCACGCUUGGCGACGUUGGAGGUCCGUCCACUGCUGAGGAAGCUUUUGCAGCCAGACAGGUCCCGAAGCUCACAUGGGGCUGGGUCCGCGCUCUCCACACAAGGUUGGGCGCCGGUUCCCAGCUGGUGGCAAACGGGGGCGCGGGGCCAAGGGGUCGGGGCGCCCCUCACCUGGCCGCGAACGGCAACCCCGGCCGCCUCCGGUUGGGCUCUCGGAGCCGGCUGCAGAUUCGCACCCGCACCUAAGUCCCGAAGCUCUGGGAUAUUUCCGCCGGGCGCUGUCCGCACUGAAAGAGGCUCCCGAGACUGGGGAAGAACGAGAUCUGAUGGUGCACAAUAUUAUGAAGGAAGUAGAGGCUCAGGCCCUAGCCUUGUCCACGAACAGGACUGGCAGUGAAAUGCUGCAGGAACUGUUGGGGUUCAGUCCUUUGAAACCACUUUGUCGCGUAUGGGCUGCUCUGCGCUCCAACUUGCGCACUGUGGCCUGUCACCGAUGCGGGGUCCAUGUAUUGCAAAGUGCUUUGCUACAGCUCCCUCGAUUGCUGGGAAGUGCUGCAGAGGAGGAGGAGAGGGAGGAGGAUGGGAAAGAUGGUCCCACGGAGACCCUGGAGGAGCUGGUCCUGGGACUAGCCGCUGAGGUGUGUGAUGAUUUUCUCUUCUACUGUGGAGACACACAUGGCAGCUUCGUGGUCAGAACUCUGCUGCAGGUGUUAGGAGGGACUAUUCUGGAGUCUGAGAGAGCCAGGCCCCGUGGUUCCCAAUCAUCUGUUUGUGAUCUCCGUGCUGCACAUGUUCUUAAUCUUCCUUCAGAAGCACAGAGGGCCCCAGCCCGGGAAUGUAAGCCAGCUGAUUUUGAAGUCCCUGAAACCUUCUUGAAUCACCUUCAGGACCUGAGCUCCUGCUUUCUGAAGGACAUUGCAGUAUUUAUCACUGAUAAGAUCUCCAGCUUCUGUCUUCAAGUGGCCUUACAGGUUUUACAUUGCAGACUACCCCAGUUUUGUGCCCAUCUUUGCAAUGCUGUGAUUAGUUACUUGAGUACUCGCAGUUCCUCAGUAGAUGGCAGUCCCCUACUGCUAUUUCUCCGAGAUCAGACGAGCUCCAGACUCCUGGAGCAGGUCCUGCUGGUGUUGGAGCCCCCAAGGCUCCAGAGCCUCUUUGAGGAGCACUUGCAGGGGCAGCUGCAGACCCUGGCUGCACAUCCCAUUGCCAACUUCCCUUUGCAGCGCUUACUGGAUGCAGUCACUACCCCUGAACUGCUGUCCCCUGUGUUUGAGGAGCUGAGCCCUGUCCUAGAAGCUGUAUUGGCUCAGGGCCACCCAGGGGUAGUCAUUGCCCUGGUGGGGGCCUGUCGCAGAGUCAGGGCCUACCAAGCCAAGGUCCUACAGCUCUUGUUGGAGGCAUUCCACUGUGCAGAGCCCUCAUCCCGGCAAUUGGCCUGUGUGCCUCUCUUUGCCACUUUGAUGGCUUAUGAGGUGUACUAUGGACUGACGGAGGAGGAGGAGGCAGUGCCUGCGGAGUACCAGGUAGAAACAGCCUCAGCCAGGGCCUUCGGGGAAGUGACAGUUCUUGGGUCUCUACUGCUGCAGCAUCUGCUGCACUUCUCUACUCCUGGUCUUGUACUUCGAAGUCUGGGUGCCUUGACGGGACUACAACUUCUGGCUCUUGCCCAAAGUCCUGCUGGCUCUCAUGUGCUCGAUGCCAUCCUGACCAGCCCCUCUGUGACGCGCAAGCAGCGCCGCCGUGUGCUGCAGAACCUAAAGGGACAAUAUGUGGCUCUGGCCUGUAGUCGCCAUGGCAGCCGUGUGCUAGAUGCCAUCUGGAAUGGAGCAGCCUUGGGGGCCCGGAAGGAAAUUGCUGCUGAGCUGGGGGAGAAGAAUCAGGAGCUGAUAAGAGACCCUUUUGGCCACCAUGUGGCUCGAAAUGUGGCCUUGACUACCUUCCUAAAGCGGCGAGAGGCUUGGGAACAGCAGCAGGGUGCGGUGGCCAAGCGGAGGCGGGCAUUGAACUCCAUACUUGAAGACUGAGGCUUUGGAUCUGGGACUGGGUGUUGAUGGGGGAGGACAAUAGGGAGUAUCCAUCCCAUUGCUUUCCUGUUUAACUUGGAGUCAAAAGUCUUAGUAGUAAAUAUUUCAUAUUUUUAUUGAAAA